UACAGGAGAUGACCAGAGACUGUGGACACAGUACAGGAGAUGACCAGAGACUGCGGACACAGUACAGGGGAUGACCAGAGACUGCGGACACAGUACAGGAGAUGACCAGAGACUGCGGACACAGUACAGGAGAUGACCAGAGACUGCGGACACAGUACAGGAGAUGACCAGAGACUGCGGACACAGUACAGGAGAUGACCAGAGACUGCAGACACAGUACAGGGAUGACCAGAGACUGCGGACACAGUACAGGGAUGACCAGAGACUGCGGACAGUGCAGGGGAUGACCAGAGACUGCGGACACAGUACA